UUAAAGACAAUAACAACAACAACAACAGGAAGAUUGUCAUCGCUAAUGAUCGGUGGUAUCGGUAAAGGCAGGCCAUCAUCAUCAACAGCAACAACAGCAGCCGUCGGCAACCAAUCGGUUAGCAAACAAUUGACUUCACAACAGACACCGUCGUCUUCUUCUUCACGAAAUUUUAUCCCCGAUUUUGACCAUAACUUACGACAAAUACAACGCGAAAGAUAUCAAGUAAUAUCACCGGAAACAAGCAUAGAGUACUUGAAGAGUAACGGCUAUAAGCAGACCUACGGUCAUCAUUUGGUUUGGCAUCUGUUUCGACGUAACUUUAGUGGCCAGCAAUCGCCGUACAAAUCCCGGGGCAACUGUAUUAUCGAUAACUAUGUCUAUACAUCCAAUCCGUGUUGUAUUUGUCGCGACCAGUAUCUGGUCUUGCAUUAUACGAACUUGGAUCUGAUGAAGCAAUUUAUUAAUCCAUACUCCGGUUAUGUCAUACCCAAUACCGUUGUCUGUCUGUGUAGCCAUCAAUACGAACAGCUUCUGGUGGCCGUAACUUUGGCCAAAGAUUACGGACUGUUGACCUUUGAGAUGCCGCUCCGGACCUACGAUUACGGCGACUAUUAUACGCCAAAGCAGUUAUCAUCAUCAGCGACGACAACAACAACAACACAUACCGAUCAUUGUAGUCAUCAUUAA